AUUAUUCGGGUGUACACAUCGCGUGAGGUUCCGUUGACAAACUCCGAGGCGACGUGUCUAUACACACACACUAACUUAUAUAUCUGCCGGCCGGCGUCCGUAAUACCACCAGUGUCAGUUUGUUCACCAAGCCGGUAACACCACAGACUCGUAAAACCAGUUAAACAUGUCGAAAUACGUAUUCUACUACUUUGACGGAAAAGGUUUGGGAGAGCCAGUGCGUCUGCUGCUGGCUUAUGGUGAUGAAGGAUUUAAGGACCACCGAGUGGCUUUCAAGGACUGGCCCGCGUUCAAGCCAAAUACUCCAUUCGGGCAGAUGCCACUUCUGGAGUUCGACGGCAAGAAGUACGCUCAGAGUCUGUCCAUCGCUCGGUACCUCGGCAAGAAGUACGGUCUGGCUGGAGACUCCCUCGAGGAUGCCCUGGAGAUCGACCAGAACGUCGACCUCAUCAACGACCUUCGUGCAAAGGCUGCAAUUGCAUCCUACGAGAAGGAUGAGGCUGUCAAGGAAAAGAAAUACGCUGAAUUCAACAAGGAUGUGUUCCCUGCCAUGUUGGAGAACCUGAAUAAAAUCAUCACUAAGAACAACGGCCAUGUUGCCCUUGGAAAGCUGACUUGGGGAGACUUUGUCUUCGCGGGUAUGUUCGACUACCUCAAGCACUUGUUGGUUGUUCCUGAUCUGGAGAAGAAGUACCCAGCAUUCCAGAAGGUCGUGGACAACGUAUACUCCAUUCCCAAGGUCAAGACCUACGCUGAUGCUGUAGGACCCACGGAAUUCUAAUUUUAGUUCUAAAGAGAUUGGAUUUUAUUGGGUGAUUGAUUGUUGGUGUGAAUUUGUUUUUUAAUGCACUGUCUGAAAAAAACAUUUUGUACCAAGACUUGAGUUAUUGAGAAAAGAGACAGGGUCUUAUUAUUAUGUACAAUUGUAUUAAUUUUGGUCUGUGUGCAUCACAGUUCUGAUUGUUGUAAUGUUUAUGUUAUAAUUAGGUUAAGCACUCAUAUAUUUUUAAAUAAAUAACUAAGAAUUUAUAU